GCUGCCCCGUGUUCACUGUCUGUGAAGACUUGGAAUCAGACAACUCUAGCUUGUAUUCUCCAAGUGUUCAGGAUGUAAAUGUAGUCUGACCUUUCCCUGAUGGGCUGUUAAAUCAUGGACACACUAUACAAUUUACUCUGGACAGUCCUUCCCCAAACUGCUGUGGCUUCUCUCUUGAAUGCUCACUAAGCAUUUGUAGCUGACAAGGACAAGGGAGAAAACCGUGAACUGGAAAGUUAUCUUACAAUGAAAAUUACGAGCACAUAUUGCAUCUGUCCAGUCCUCGUGUGUCUCUGUUUUGUGCAGAGGUGUUAUGCAACGGCCCAUCACAGCACCAUCAAGGGAACCAGAAAUCAAACCAAACACAUCGAAGGGGAAACCGAAGUCCAUCACCGCCCCAAAAGGGGAUGGGUUUGGAAUCAGUUCUUUGUUUUAGAAGAACAUAUGGGACCAGAUCCUCAGUAUGUUGGGAAACUGCACUCCAAUUCUGACAAAGGUGAUGGGUCUGUCAAGUACAUCCUUACUGGAGAAGGUGCUGGGACUAUCUUUAUCAUCGAUGAUACGACAGGUGACAUUCACUCAACCAAAAGCCUAGACCGAGAGCAGAAAACACAUUAUGUGCUUCAUGCCCAGGCUAUUGAUAGAAGGACCAAUAAGCCUCUUGAGCCUGAAUCUGAGUUUAUCAUCAAAGUCCAAGACAUCAAUGACAAUGCUCCAAAAUUUACAGAUGGCCCCUACAUCGUUACUGUGCCUGAAAUGUCAGACAUGGGUACAUCUGUUAUACAGGUGACAGCUACUGACGCAGAUGACCCUACCUAUGGAAAUAGCGCUCGGGUGGUUUACAGUAUUCUCCAGGGUCAACCCUACUUCUCCGUAGAUCCCAAAACAGGAGUGAUUCGAACUGCCUUACACAACAUGGAUCGCGAAGCCCGAGAGCACUACUCGGUGGUCAUUCAAGCCAAAGACAUGGCUGGGCAAGUGGGGGGCCUGUCCGGGUCGACAACUGUGAACAUCACCCUGACUGAUGUCAACGACAACCCCCCGCGCUUUCCUCAGAAGCACUAUCAGUUGUAUGUUCCGGAGUCAGCUCAAGUUGGUUCUGCUGUUGGAAAAAUCAAGGCUAAUGAUGCGGACACCGGUUCAAAUGCUGACAUGACUUACUCCAUUAUUAAUGGUGAUGGUGCUGCAAUCUUCUCCAUCUCCACCGACAAAGAGACAAGAGAGGGGAUCCUUUCCUUGAAGAAGCCACUGAAUUUUGAGAAAAAGAAUUCAUAUACACUCAACAUAGAAGGAGCAAAUACACAUCUUGAUUUUCGCUUUUCUCACUUGGGUCCCUUUAAAGAUGCCACCAUGCUGAAGAUUAUUGUCGGGGAUGUUGAUGAACCUCCGCUCUUUUCCAUGCCUUCCUACAUCAUGGAGGUCUAUGAAAAUGCCAAGAUUGGAACUGUUGUGGGCACUGUAUUGGCACAAGAUCCCGACAUUGCUAACAGUGUUGUAAGGUACUUUAUUGACUACCCUGCUGAUGAUGACAGAUUUUUUAACAUUGAUGCCAAUACUGGAACUAUUAAGACAACAAAAGUUCUUGAUAGAGAAGAAACUCCGUGGUACAACAUCACUGUUGCUGCUUCAGAAAUUGACAAUCCCAGUUUACUGAGCCACGUCACAGUGGGUAUAAGAGUUCUGGAUGUCAACGACAAUCCACCUCAACUUGCUAGGGAAUAUGAUAUUGUUGUUUGUGAACAUUCUAAGCCUGGCCAGGUGAUUCAUACCAUCAGUGCCACUGAUAAAGAUGAUUUUGCCAAUGGGCCAAGGUUUAGAUUCUUCCUUGAUGAAAGCCUGUCAAUAAAUCCAAACUUCACUCUGAAGGAUAAUGAAGAUAACACAGCCAGCAUUCUGACCAGGAGAAGGAGAUUUAGUCGAAGUGUUCAGGAUGUGUAUUAUCUCCCCGUGCUGGUGUCUGAUGGGGGGAACCCUUCUCUCAGCAGCAGCAGCACCCUCACCAUUAGGGUUUGUGCCUGCGAAAGAGAUGGUCGCGUAAGGACCUGCCAUGCAGAAGCCUUUCUGUCCUCUGCAGGCCUGAGUACAGGGGCCUUAAUCGCAAUUCUCCUGUGUGUUGUCAUCCUCUUAGCCAUCGUGGUACUUUUCAUCACUCUGAGACGCAGCAAAAAAGAGCCCUUGAUCAUUUCCGAGGAGGAUGUGCGGGAGAAUGUGGUCACCUAUGAUGAUGAAGGGGGUGGCGAGGAAGACACAGAAGCCUUUGACAUCACCGCUCUGAGGAACCCAUCUGCGGCAGAAGAGCUCAAGUACCGAAGAGAUAUCAGACCCGAAGUGAAGCUGACGCCCAGACACCAGGCAUUCUCCACUCUGGAGAGUAUAGACGUGCAGGAAUUUAUUAAGCAAAGACUGGCAGAAGCCGACCUGGACCCCAGCGUCCCUCCUUAUGACUCUCUGCAGACUUAUGCUUAUGAGGGCCAGAGGUCAGAAGCGGGGUCCAUCAGCUCCCUAGACUCAGCCACCACGCAAUCGGACCAAGACUACCACUAUCUGGGAGACUGGGGCCCUGAGUUUAAAAAGUUAGCUGAACUCUAUGGAGAAAUAGAAUCGGAAAGAACAACUUAGGGGUCAAUGCUCGACCACCAUAGGAGAAGAAACCUCAGCCAUGGCCAAGGGAGAGAUGCGUUGGAGGUACCAGAUUUGGAGCUGAGCAAACUGUACCCAGCAACUGUAGAAAAAACAAAGUGCCCUUUUCCUGAUCAAAACUGGGUUAUUGCAUUGGAAGGACAUGGACUCAGCAUAUUCGGCUACUGUUCCUUGUGUAUAUUUUCAGUUGCUCAAUAAAGUCUGUGAUACUAUUUGAUAAAGAAUAACUGAAUGAAGCCAAACAA